CCUGCCCCCCAAGCGGCGGCGGGGAGCGGGGGGGUCGCUGCAUGGAGUCGGGACCCCCGAGCACGGAGCCGGCUGCCGCUGCCACCCGCCCGGCGGGGGACGGGGUCCCCAGGGCCGAUGGGUGCCUAGGUCAUGGGCCCAGAUGUCAGCCCGAGGAGGACAACAGAGCUGCUGAGAUGGCGCCACCAAUCGGGGAAGUUCCCGGAAAUGCCCAAGAGAGAGGCCUGACCUCCGUGUCAUUGACCGGCCCCAAGACGGAGGAGGAGGAAGUCCUCAAGAUGGCGUGUCUCAGAGGGGAUGUUGUUGAGACCACCAGGGGGCAUGCAGUAUGGAUGACCGUGGCCAACAUGUUGACUCCCAAUAUGGACAUUCCCGGAAAGGGCCAAUGGGGACGUUCAGCCUCCGUCUCACCGACUGUCCCUAAGGUCGAAGAGGAGGAGGAGACUGCCAAGAUGGAGCCUCUCAACGGGGAUGUUGCUGUGAAGGCACAAGGGGGAUGUUCACUGUGGAUGACUAUGGCCAAGAUGAUGCCUCCAAACAUGGAUGUUCCUGGUGUGGGCCAGCCGGAAUGUGUAGCCUCAGAUUCAUUGCCUGUCCCUAAGACAGAGGAGGAGGCCGAAGACACCAGGAUGCUGCCACCCGAAGGGUCUGUUUACACAAAGGCCCAAGAGGAACAUGCAACAUGGAUGACCAUGGCCAAGAUGGAGCCUCUCAACGGGGAUGUUGACGUGAAAGCCCGAGGGGACCCCUUGACCCUGAUGCCUUUCCCUAUCUCCAAGGCUGAGGAGGAUGAAGCCACCAAGCCGGUAACUCCCCCUGCUCCUGCUUGCCGGGAGCGCCCGUACCGCUGCGGUGAAUGCGGCAAAGCCUUCUCCCGCAGCUCGUCCUGUGUCAAGCACCAACGCACCCACACGGGCGAGCGCCCCUAUGGGUGCCCGGAUUGUGGCAAGUCCUUCGGCCAGAGCUCCACCCUCAACCGGCACCGCCAGGCCCACCUGGCCGACAGGCCGCACCGCUGCGCUGACUGCGGCAAGGCCUACGGGACUGCCUCGGCCCUGGCCCAGCACGGCAAGAGUCACCUGGCCAAGAAGCCCCACCGGUGCCCGCAGUGCGGCAAAGGGUUCAGUGAGCGGUCGAACCUGGCGAAGCACCAGCUGACCCACACAGGCGAGCGGCCCCACCGGUGCGCCCAGUGCGGCCGCGGCUUCAGCCAGAAGGCCAAUCUCCGGCGUCACCAGGAGACUCACCGCGGCGCUGAGCUGCACCGGUGCGCCGACUGCGGGCGGACCUUUCGCCAUGCCCGGCGGCUGGCUCAGCACCGCCGGGCCUGCCACACACCCGGCGAGCCCCACUCCUGUGCCGACUGCGGCCAAACCUUCGCCGCCCGCUCCCAGCUGGCCCGGCACCGGCGCGGGCACACGGACGAGCGCCCCUACCGCUGCGGCGUCUGCGGCAAGGCCUACAGCGUCAGCUCCCACCUGCUGGUGCACCUGCGCGGGCACACGGAGGAGCGGCCGUACCGCUGUGCCGAGUGUGGGGCCGGCUUCGCCGAGGCCGCCAAGCUGGCCCAGCACCGGCGCAGCCACACCGAGGAGAGGCCCCACCAGUGCGCGCAGUGCGGGCGGCGCUUCGGCCUGCGCUCCAACCUGACGCGGCACCAGCGAGCCCAUUCCGGCGAGAAGCCGCACCGCUGCAGCCAGUGUGGCAGGGCCUUCAGCCGCGGCUCCAACCUGGCCCAGCACCAGCGGACUCACCGUGGCGAGAAGCCGUACCGGUGCGGCCAGUGCGGCAAGGCCUUUGCCGUCAGCACCCACCUCCUCAUCCAUCAGCGCUCCCACACCGGGGAGAGGCCCUUCCCCUGCCCUCACUGCGGCAAAGGCUUCACCGUCAGCUCCAACCUCCGGCAGCACCUGCGGAUCCACACCGGGGAGCGCCCGUACCCCUGUGCCGAGUGCGGGAAGAGCUUCCGGGCUCGGACUCACCUCCGGGCCCACCAGAAACUCCACGCAUGAGCGGGCGGGGCGGGGCCGUGGGGGAGACGGCGGGUCUGUGGCUGGCCACGGCUAUAGAGGGGGACGGCAGGAGGCAGUGGAGCUAGUUAUGGGGUUAGUUGUAGCUUAGGGAGCAUGGCUCUGUAGGGCCAUGGGGAAGUAUUGGGUGAGGGUUUUCAGAGCCAUGGGGGACCAUGGAGGUUUCUUGGAUCUUUAGGCUGAGAAGGGACGAUGACGGGGGGUAGGUGGUAGCUUUGGUGGGGUUCAUAGAUGGAGUCUAACCUUGACGCACCUGAGUAUGAGCCACAGAGGCUCUCAGGGCACCGAUGGCAAAUGACACGGCCAGAAGGGACCAUCGUGAUCUGACUUACGGAGCAGAGAACCUUGCCCCGUGAUUCCCGCAUCCAGCCCAUGGCGGGUGGUCGAGCUCGAGCGAGACGCCGGGUUGUCGUUUAAGGACUCCGAGCGGCAGAGACUCCACCAGCACCCGUGGCAAGCGGCUCCAUCGGUUAAUUAGGAGGCUGCAUUAAAAAUAUGGGUGGUGGUUCUAGUUUGAGGCAGGGGGAGGACUUCUGGGUUCUCUCCCCAGCUCUGGGAGGGGAGUGGGGACUAAUGGGUUAGAGCAGGGGGGCUGGGAGCCAGAACUCCUGGGUUCUCUCCCUGGCCCUGGCAUUGUCUUGCUGGGUGACCUUGGGCAUGUAGCUUCUCCGGUCAGUGCAUCUGGUUCCCUCCCGCAAUUUGUCCUGUCUGUUUAGCGUGUGGUCUCUGCAGGGCAUGGCCGAUCUCUCACUGUGGAGCACUCUUGGUUGGGGUCUGGGCAGCGCCCAGCGCGACAGGGCCCUGAUCUCGGCCGGGGUCUGGGCAGUGCCCGGCACGACGGGGCCCUGAACUUGGCCGGGGUCUGGGCAACACCGGGCGCGAUGGGGCCCUGAUCUUGGCUGGGGUCUGGGCAGCAGAAAGAUCUGUGCCAAGGACAGUCAUGGGCCACCCUAUGGGAAUCGCGCCACCCUAUGGGAAUCUGCCUCCCCCCCCCAGCAAACUGCCCCAAAUGCUGAGGUGUCCAGGCUACAGUGGCAGAUCGGCCUAGGGGGUUUAGAAGCCUCAGUUUCAAAAUCAGUAUUAUUAGUGUUUGUGUUACUGUAGGGCUUAGGACAGGGAUGCGGAAACUGAUCCCGCCCUCCGCUUAAUUUCAUCUGGCUUGCGGCAAGUCUCCAUGCCGCGGGCUGGAAGCCCUGAGCCUGGCCCCUCCCUUUUUCCCCCAAGCGGGGCUGCAGCCACAAGCGCGAGCUUGCCCCACUGUGGGGGAAAGCUAGAGUUGCCAGCCUGUUAAAAGUCCGCGUGGCUCCCAGAAGUGGCCGGCAUGUCCCUGCGGCCCCUAGGCACAGGUGUGAUCAGGGAAGCUCUGUAUGUUGCCCCCGCCUCGCACGCCAGCUCCACUGCUCCCAUUGGCUGGGAACUGUGGUCAAUGGGAGCUGCAGGGGUGGUGCCUCCACUUAGGGACUGGACACAGCAGCUGCUUCCGGGAGCAGUGUGGAGCCAGGGCAGGGAGCCUGCCUUAGCCCCACUGCGCCGUCAACUGGGAGCUGCCGGAGGUAAGUGCCACCUGGCUGGAGCCCGCACCCCAAAUCCCUACCCGGCCCCAGGUCAGACCCCCCUUCUGCACACUAACUCCCUCCCAGAGCCCGCACCCCCCCAACCCCUGAUCCCCCUCCCGCACUCUGAACCCCUCAUUUCUGGCCCCACUCCGGAACCCGCAGCCCCGGCUGGAGCCCUCACCCCCUCCCAGAUCCCAGCCCCCUGCCCCAGCCUGGUGGAAGUGAGUGAGUGAGGGGGAGAGUGAGCCACGGAGGGGGGGGGGGAGGGGCAGGGCCUCAGGGAAGGGGUAGGGCCAGGAUGUUCAGGUUUGUACCAUUAGAAAGUUGGCAACCCUACAGAAAGCCCCGAGCCCUCUGUGCCCCCCCCCCGCCUCCACGGGGCUGUGUGUGGCCAGCGAUUGAUUUUUUUAUGUGGGUCAGUGGCCCCUGAUAGAAAAAAGGUUCCCCACCCCGGCCUAGGAGGCCGCGCCCUCGAACUGACCCUGUCUCACGUGUGCCCUGGAGCUCCCAACUCCCAUUGGCACGUUGGGAACCUGCCCUCUGGCUCCAUGCCCCUGUGCUGGGCAGCCACCGAGCUCCCCUGGAGUCAGUGACAUCAACGGGGGCUCGGGGCCUAAACACCCCUGAGGUUCUGGGCCUAAGGGUAAAUUACACUGAGACUAAUGGACUGUCUGUCUGUCUGGCCCUAUCCACCCCUCCCAUGUAAUCUAGC